AAAUUAUUACAUAACAAAUGAUGUCAGUAAUCAGUAUCACACAUAAUAAUAAAACAAAACAAAAAAUGGUUUUUGAUUUGAGUCUAGUAGCUCUAGCAGUGGUGGUUAAUAUGGAGCUCAAACAUAAUUUUCAUUUACCGACACGUUAGAAAAAAAAAGUCUAAUUUUAAAAUAAAACAUUGGUAUUUGGUGGUAUUUCUAUUUCUACACUUAUUUCAUUUUGAUAAAAGGUGGUUUCAUCGUAGUAAUAAUCUAAUUAAUUCAUACAGCAUUAUAUAUCCUGCUCAAUUUGUUUUAUCAUCUCAUCUCUUCUUCUCUGUUGAUCCGAUUUGCUGGUUUGAUAUUAAUUAUCACACAGGUAAAAAGAAGAAAUAUAUACAUACAUACAUACAUAUAUUUUUGGUGGGGGGAUCAUCAAUCAUUGAUCAUCAAUCAUCAAUCAUCAAUCAAUGGUGAAGGAAACGGAAUACUACGACGUACUGGGUGUGAGCCCCACCGCCACCGAGGCCGAUAUUAAGAAAGCUUAUUAUAUUAAGGCAAGGCAGGUCCAUCCAGAUAAAAAUCCCAAUGAUCCUUUGGCUGCACAAAAUUUUCAGAUAUUGGGUGAGGCUUACCAAGUGCUGAGUGAUCCAGCACAAAGACAAGCUUAUGAUGCUCAUGGAAAGUCUGGAAUUUCAACAGACGCAAUAAUAGAUCCAGCAGCAAUUUUUGCGAUGCUAUUUGGAAGUGAGCUAUUUGAAGAAUACAUUGGGCAGCUUGCAAUGGCAUCUAUGGCCUCCUUGGAUGUUUUUGCAGAAGGCGAAGAAUUGGAUAUAAAAAAGUUGCAGGACAAAAUGCGGAGUGUCCAGAAAGAAAGGGAAGAGAAGCUGGCUGGUAUACUGAAAGAUAGACUGAACCUCUACAUACAAGGAGACAAGGACGAAUUUGUGCGUCAUGCUGAGGCCGAAGUCUCUAGGCUUUCUAAUGCUGCAUAUGGAGUGGAUAUGUUGAGUACGAUAGGGUAUAUAUAUGCAAGGCAGGCGGCAAAGGAGCUUGGUAAGAAAGUGAUAUUCUUGGGUGUGCCAUUUGUUGCCGAGUGGUUCAGAAAUAAAGGUCACUUUAUCAAAUCCCAAGUAACUGCUGCCACAGGUGCAAUAGCUUUAAUACAGCUGCAAGAAGAUAUGAAAAGACAGCUGAGUGCAGAAGGAAAUUACACAGAGGCGGAACUUGAAGAAUACAUGCAAUCACACAAGAAGUUAAUGAUUGAUUCCUUAUGGAAGCUCAAUGUCGCUGAUAUUGAAGCCACCCUCUCCCGUGUUUGUCAGAUGGUUCUACAAGACAACAAUGCUAAAAAAGAGGAGCUCCACCUACGCGCCAGGGGUUUGAAAACCCUCGGCAAAAUUUUCCAGAGUGUGAAGUCAGUUAAUGGAGUUGAAAAUGUGCAAAAUGAUCCUAUCCUCAAAUUGAGUGGAACUCAUGAAGCAACCACCAAUACUGCUGCUGCUGCAAGAUCUUCUUCAAAUAACGAUGACGUGUCGUCGCAUCAGAGUCCAUAUGUGGAUGCUCCUCUUCAAUCCAACAGUUUCCCGAUGCCGGCUGCACCACCCGGUGCUCACAAAGAACCAUAAUAAUUCACCUAAAUAAAUUGCUUUAUUAUUUAGUUUUGACAUUUCAAGAAAUAGCAUUUUGAGCUCUAGUUAAUUUACUGUACCGAUUCAUCAUAUGUAUUUGUGGUGCAUGUCUGUGUAAAUCAAGCAGAAAUUUGUAUGUAUUUAGUCUAGUAUUUAUCUAAGACAGAUCAAUUCAGUGAAUUCUGCAGUACAAUAACACUCCAAAAACGAGAGCAUUGUACUUUCAACUUAACCAUCAUCUUUAUAAUAGUAUCUUUUCAAUUUCUAUCAA